UAAAAAAAAGUAAGAGAAGGAGAAGAACAAAAAAGAAUACAAUAAGCCAAAACGCAAGAACAUUCAGCGCGGACACAAGAAGAGGAGGAGUCAAAACAACAACACGAACUGGCCGCUCUGCAGAUUACCACCAAAUCAGCACAGCUUUGCACAACAGCAGCACACAGCCUCAUCACUUGCUCUGCACAGCCUGUAGGAACCUGCACACCGCACAGGCUAUCCAGGCAGCGCUUCCUUGGCCUGAAUCUGCCGCAACACAACACUGGAACAUCUUGCCGGUCUGUGAAAGUUUUGCAAUGAUGGCACGGCUGGUGGAACACCUGUGCUCAGAGCUGCGCCUCCUGGCUGGCGCUGUGGACACACUGGCAUGGACUCUGUGGCCCAAAGGUCCUCCUCCAAUGAUGGCAGCUGCAGCUCUCCCUGUCCCUGUCCAGUACAAUGUUGAACAGAUCUCUGGCAGCUUAUUGGAAGAUCUAAAGGAGGAGGGCUUCCUGUGGGCAGUUCCCAAGAGCAGGAGGAGCCGGGAAAGACGACUCACCCGAAAGUUUGGUCUUGAAAACAAGCACAAGAAGAUGCUGCCGUAUCGCAAACUGCUGACGUGUGAUGACUGCGGCCACGUGCAUGAGCCAGGUCGCCUCUGCCCUAACUGCUAUGGUGAAAAUAAGAAGAUUACACAAGCAAUGCAGGAAGCGAUGGUGACCAUGCAAGGCCUCAACCCAGUGGAGUAUGAAGCUGUGCCGGUCUUCAAGGGAGAGAAGGUCAACACAGGAGAUGGAUUCCAUGAGGGCAAGCGCAUUUUUGAAGUGCCCACGGAACGUCCCAAAUGGUUCUCCAACAGACUGACUGUCAAGUCCAAUGUAACAACCUCUUCAGACACCACUGUUGUCAAGCCUACCAACUUAGCAUGAACACUAUUAUUUCCCUGGUUGUACUUUUCAAUAUUUGAGUCAAGCUUGUGUUCUUGUGCCUCUAAAUUUGGUUCUGUGCAAUGCAAUCUUGAAAUGAUGGAUGCCUCCUCUCAACAUCUCAUUCCAACUGCUGCACUUAGGUAUGCUCAGGAAGCUAAACUCAUAGACAGUGAUUAAACAUCCAAUAUUUGUCAGUUUGUGUUCAUAAUUCUUUAUUUUAUCAUCUCUUGUCAGUUUCUUAAUAAUUUUACAUCACAUUGGUUACAUGAGAAGCCAUUCUUGGGUUUAUCAUCAAACUCCACAAGUAACUCCUUAUCUUGUCAUGUACCACCACCUCAAGACAGAAUUUUUACUCCACUUCAAUUUUUUUCUUCACUUCAACAUCAUCUGUUCAAGUGUCUAGAUGUGGCAUAUACAAGUACUAUUUGUAUCCUCUUGUAAGGCCAGGCAAAGAAAGAAAUAUAUGGCUGGAAUAACAAGAACAGAGAGAGGAGGAAUAACAGCUGGACAUCUACUGCAAAUCACAAAAGGAAGAAGUGUGGCAUUCCCUGGUCACCAGUGUCACCAGAGGCACCACACUUCCUUGCUCUACCAUGUAAAUUUCCUUGCUACCCUUCUCAACUUUCUGCCUGAAUUUACUAUUGCCCAUCAUAUCUUGAAUUUAAUAUAGUGAAAUACAUUGACUUGCUUAUGCUAUAAACUGUGAUUGAUAUUGUAUACUUUUCUUUGUAGAUUUAGUAUUCAUAUAUGUAUACGAAAAUUAGUGUCUGAAAUCUGUGUACUGUGAACAGAAAAGGGAUGCAUUACUUUCUUGGUGGUAAUCAUAUUUAUUGUACUUUUUAUGCCUUGAUCAGUUUUACUUCAUAGUUUGUGUAAUGGUGUGUGUGUGUGUGUGUGUGUGUGUGUGUGUGUGUGUGUGUGCGCGCGCGCGUGCACGUGCAUGUGUGCGUGUGUGCGCGUGAGCGCUUUGACUACAAUAGCCAUACCUUACUGAAGUGCCGUGCCUUUUCAGACAUUGGUACUUAGGGAAUACCAGUUGUUCCUUCUCCUUCCAGUGUUCUUGCUAUUCCAUCCAUGCAUUUCUUUCCUUGCCUGCCCCAUACAAAAUGCUACACCUUAAGGCUUGAGUAGAUGGACUUGAAGUAAAGAAAAGAAGUUGAAUUGGAGUAAGAAUUUUGUCUUGAAUGGUGUUUUGUUCAUAGUGUGUCAUGACAGACUUGCUUAUUUAUUGAAAGCAAAGCACCACCAAUCUUUGCUUUCAUCUUUUGUACAACAUGGAAUGGAAACACUGUAAAUAUUAAUAAAUGUUUUUUGACACAAUACUGUAAAUAGUCCAAUCCUGGUUGUAUGAGCAAGAGGAAACUUCAAAAGCUCAUAAAUGUGUUUGUUUGUGUGUGUGUAAAAGGUAAAAGCUGAAGGGGAAUGUAAGCAAAAUAAUUAUGGUGUUUGAAA